AUGAGCACAACUCCAGAAAUCCUCGACUAUGUCAAGGUUACCAUUCCUACAGAGGAUGUCCCAGCAGCUACCACCACAACUGGAGUUACGACCACGAGAGCACUCAAGCCCAAGGCCACGGAGCCUGGUAUGAAGUGUGAGACUAAAGAUUUCUACAAGAACAAAGACGCAUCUGCCUGGACUCACAAAUACCCGGAUUAUCUUGAAGAGGCAGUCGAGAAUGACGAAACCGCCCAACUUGCAUUUCUUAAACGAAACGACAACAGUUCUAGCACUCGCAAGAAGUUCUCCCUGAACUCAAUCAUUGUGCAAAGUCCACUUCUCAAGAAAGCAUUAGGAAAGGUGUUCGAAAACUACGAGGGUGUUACAACAGAUCUCAAACGUCUGAAGUUCAAGAAACCAUUUGCACCAUUUGUUCACAGAUGGGAGAAAUUCGAGGAGGUGAAGGAAAAUGAAACUGACGAAAUCACCAAAAAGCACCUGGAAUUGCUCUGGGACACCCUCGAAUUCGAGCUCCGAGACACCAUUGUGACACAGAAGGACUUGAUCGCCAAUGGUGUCAUGACUCACGACUACCUUUGGACAAUGUUCGAGCCAGGAUGUUUGGUCUUGCAGAAAUCUGCAGAUUUUGAGAGGAUCAUGGAGGUCCAAAGCGCCAGCUAUGACGGAUUUCACACACUCGAGAUGAAAACUUUGUUUGUUGAGUGGGACGGAAAAGACUUCGGAAUGGAGACUGAAGACCACACGAUUGACAAAUUCGAGGGUACCAAGAAGAUUUCUGAACUGUCAAUGGUCCCCCUUUCGUACCAUGAGGACUCGGUUGGCGUUCAACAGAGAUGCAUAGAGCGUGGUCGUACCUGGGAAUCACUAUGUGGCUAUCACUUCAAACAAUACAAAGGAGUAGGAACCAACAUUUCUGAGGCCAAGUUCAACAUUGAAAGUAGAAUCAUAAUCGACACUGCAGCCUUCAAUACUUUCAACCCGAACAACCAAGUGUGUCUUGCAAAUCUAAGAGACGAUGAUUCCUACAAAGCCCCAUCCACAGAGACUGAGCCCAAGGAGACGGCCACUCUCACUCCUUAUCAAUUGUUACUUGCAUCAAAGUAUCUCAGAGGAUAUUCUCUGAAAGACAAGCAAUGGUUCAAGCUGGAUCUUGGCAGCGUUCGAGAAAUCGAGUGGAACGAAACAGCCUUCUCCAGCUUGGUUCUUCCAGAAGAUACAAAGGACUUGGUACGUGCCUUUGCGCAGAGCCAGAUCCAACAGGAAGAAGUAUUCGACGAUGUGAUCAAAGGCAAGGGUAAAGGUGUGAUUAUGCUUCUGAGUGGUCCUCCUGGAGUUGGUAAAACUCUUACAGCUGAAGCUGUUGCCGAAACCACACGCAUCCCUCUUUACUCGAUGUCUGCAGGCGAUCUCGGUACUGACCCAGCCUCCGUCGAAAGCACUCUGAAGACGAUCUUCACCAUGACUACCAAGUGGAAGGCAGUCCUGCUUCUUGAUGAGGCCGAUGUGUUCCUAGAGGCUAGAUCGAAGAACGACCUUGAGCGAAAUAAGCUCGUCUCGAUCUUCCUCCGCAUGUUGGAGUACUUUGAAGGUUUCCUCUUUCUCACCAGCAAUCGUGUCGAGGAUAUGGACGCGGCGUUUGAGAGCCGAAUUCAUCUUUCACUGCAAUACAGCGACUUGAGCUUCGAGUCUCGUAGACAAGUCUGGUUGACAUUUGUUGAUGGUUCUGACCACAAUGACAACUUUACCGACGACCAGAUCGACGCUCUAGCCGAGCUUGAGCUCAAUGGAAGACAGAUUAAGAAUAUCAUCAAGACGGCUCAACUUCUGGCAACUAGCAAGGCUGAGGUCUUGAACUUUCAGCACGUGCAGGUUAUCACUAAGUUGAGGGCUAAACACGCUGCUUGCCUUCCAUUGAGGAGCAGCUGA